AUGCUUAUCGUCGAUUCGGAGACAUACCUACCAUAUAUCGCCCGUUCAGAAGAACAACAUCCAAUCUACGGGAACGCUACAAAAGAUGUAUACCUCUCAAACUACAAAGAGGUCCAGGGAAUUAAGUUCCCCCAUACUAUUCAAACUAUUUACAGCGCAUCUAGCCGACGACUCAACGUGGUUCUCGAAGACUUUGUCAUUGACAAGAUCAACGCCACGGCGAAGUUCAGCGACAACUUCUUCGAUCUCGUUCCUCACGGUCAGAAAGCAAAGAUAUCUGAAAAGCCUCCUGGUGUUCCCAGUGGUCUUGUCACAGAUUACAGCACAAGUUUCCUCGGGUCACCAGUCAAGAAUGUCAGCGUUGAUGCUUUAAAGGCACUUAGCCCUAUUGAUCUUCUGCAGGUGCAUUGGCUUAUCGUCGAUGAUAGCCGUCCUCUUGGGUUUAAGCAGGUUAUUAUUGAGUUUGAGACUGAAGUUAUUGUGUGUGAUGCACCGCUCUUUUGGAGUGAGGCUGUCAUGGAAUGGAUUAAGAAUAAUAUCGGCAAGAAGGUUGCCUAUGUCGCGGUGCAUCAUAGUGGUGGCGUAGCCGAUUACGUCCGUGCUGGUGCCAAGUUGAUCAUCCCCGAGAUGGCAGUGGAUUACUGGUCAAGCGUUCCAGGAGCCCAAUUCAUCACUUUCAAUCAAACACACCCUUACGUUCAUCGCGACGAUAAGGUCCAAGCAUGGUUCAACUGGGCUGAUCAGGCGCCUCAUGCAGCUGACUGGACUUAUGUGAUGGUUACAAAGCGAUGUCCUAAUAAGGACUCUAAUAUCUUUGUCUACGAGGCUGAUACUUGGGAAGCUGGACUUAGUGCUGACUUGGGUAACCAGCAGCAGAUGAGGCAGUGGUUGGAUCAGCUUUUGGAUGACGGUCUGCCAAGAUCUGCAACUGUGAUGCCUAUGCAUGGAAUGAUUACUCAGUUGGAACAACUGAUCAAUAUCACGGCUUAUCCAUAUCCUAAUUUCGACAUUAGUCGCUGGAGGAGGAAGGGUGCCGCGUUGUGUGAUAAAAACUCCGCAAAGAAUGGUAAGGACGAUCAGUGA